AUGCAGUGCAUUUAUCAUAUUCGCAAUCAAAUUACUUCAAUAUGUAUAGCUCCUCACAAGUGCCCAUGUCAAAGAAAACUCUGCAUUGAAUGUCUUUAUAACCAUGGAGUGGAUAUCGCCAAUUAAACAGUUCUGAUAAAUAAAUUUAAAGAAAUGGCUAUCAAAAAAUUAAAAGAAUCCUAGCUAGAUCAGACAUCUAAGAUAGCCAAAUAGAGAUAGACUUUUAAAUAGUUGAUCUCUCAAACCGAAAAUACCCUUAAGAAAAUUUGGGAUGAAUUAUAGAAAUCAAUAUAAAAUACAUAUGAUUGGAUAGAACAGGAAAACAAUUCAUACUCUAAUCUUAUCAAUGAGAAUACUAAUUUAGCAGAAUCAUCCUAUGCUGACUUAGAAAGAUUAGUCUCAAUUAUAGAAGAAACUACGUUAGAUGAUUGGAACUAUAAGAAGAAUUAAUUUAUGACUGAGUUGCAAAAGAUUUAGACUUAGUGGGACCAAGAUAUUAAUUCUUUUAUUUAGAAAACGAAUGAAGUAAUAGUAAAGAUUAGGAGUAUUAAUUAAAAAGAAAAUAUAAUCAAAAAUUAAAACUAAAAUUUACCUAAUUUCUAUCCUGGAUAAACUUCUGAUAAAAUUGAUUAAAUAAAUGAUUUUNAACUAAUAAUUAGAAUUCGUUUAACUUUCUUAAAUCACAUAAAUAUCUAACUUUAUUGCAUUUAAGGUUAGUAACCGGUUUCUUAAAGGAUUGUAAAAGUAGUACUAUUCAAUAAUUAGAAUAUCGUUUAUAUUUUCUUAUUUUUAUACAAACAUUUUUUAGGAGUAAGGGGAAUUAUUAAUAUUGAUAGUUAAAGUGAAUUUUUGACUAGUGAUGUAUAAAAAAAAGGAAUGGUAGAGAGAAUUAAAGAUAAUUUAUUUUAGACAUUUAUCUAUAAAAUCAUUGAAUUAAUACAUUAUAAUUUAUAUUUUUAUUAUAUCAUGAUGUAUUCUAAAAAACAUUUGUUAUCAAAUCGAAAUCUUCAUAAAGUUUUUGAAUUUAGCUUAAUAUUAUUUCAUAAGAUUCUUUUUUUGAUUUUUAUUAUAAACUUAAAAUAAAAGAAAUCCAAAAUUUAAAAAAAAAAAGAUUAUGCAGUGCAUUUAUCAUAUUCGCAAUCAAAUUACUUCAAUAUGUAUAGCUCCUCACAAGUGCCCAUGUCAAAGAAAACUCUGCAUUGAAUGUCUUUAUAACCAUGGAGUGGAUAUCGCCAAUUAAACAGUUCUGAUAAAUAAAUUUAAAGAAAUGGCUAUCAAAAAAUUAAAAGAAUCCUAGCUAGAUCAGACAUCUAAGAUAGCCAAAUAGAGAUAGACUUUUAAAUAGUUGAUCUCUCAAACCGAAAAUACCCUUAAGAAAAUUUGGGAUGAAUUAUAGAAAUCAAUAUAAAAUACAUAUGAUUGGAUAGAACAGGAAAACAAUUCAUACUCUAAUCUUAUCAAUGAGAAUACUAAUUUAGCAGAAUCAUCCUAUGCUGACUUAGAAAGAUUAGUCUCAAUUAUAGAAGAAACUACGUUAGAUGAUUGGAACUAUAAGAAGAAUUAAUUUAUGACUGAGUUGCAAAAGAUUUAGACUUAGUGGGACCAAGAUAUUAAUUCUUUUAUUUAGAAAACGAAUGAAGUAAUAGUAAAGAUUAGGAGUAUUAAUUAAAAAGAAAAUAUAAUCAAAAAUUAAAACUAAAAUUUACCUAAUUUCUAUCCUGGAUAAACUUCUGAUAAAAUUGAUUAAAUAAAUGAUUUUAAGAUCUAAAAAAUUAAAACUUAGGAAGAUUGUAUUAAAUAAAGUAAACUAAUUAGAAAAAAUGGUAAUAUAUAGAUUUUGUAAUUUCCAAAUUAUGCAAAAUAUUUUGCUUAACAACCUAAUGAGAUUAAAACUAUUUUGAUUAUUGGGCCAUGCGGGGUAGGAAAAACAUCUGUAAUAAAUUCUAUUCUUAAUUAUCAUUUUUAAAUAUAAUUCGAAGAUAAUUAUCGAUUCAUAUUUAGUGAUACUAAGAGCAGGUUUUCAAAUUUACCUUAGAGUGAGAUUAUAACUUACUAUAUUCCUCCUUUUAAUGAUAAACCAGAAUUAUUAAUUAUUGAAGCAAAUUGCUUUAAAUUAGAUGAAAAAGAUGAAACAUCUUUGAAAGAGAUUUUAAACUUUUUAAUAACUUAAAUGAAGUAUAUUACUUUAAUUUGUUUUGUUUUUUUAUCAGUGAUGCGAUUUCGAAAUUAAAAUGAUCUUUCUAAAAUCAAUAAACUUCAGCAAAUAUUUGGAUUAAAUUUCAUCGAUAAUUCUAUUUUUGCAUUUUCAUUUUGUGAUAGUGGAGAACCUAGCGCUUUAAAUCUUAUCUUUAAGGGUAAUGAGUAAAUGUAGGAAAAUCCAUUUGCAUAAAUGUUCUCUAAAUUUGGAAAAAAAUUGUGGAUUAAACUAAAUAAUUUUGAAAAUGAUAAAAAUGAUGAUUAUGAUGAUUAUGAUGCCAUUUUUUGGAAAAUUAAUAUGAAAAGUUUAGAGAAAUUAUAUCAUAAAAUAAAGUUUUCAACCUAAAUAAGUUGCUAAGUUUUCAAAUAAAAUUAAAAUUUAAUCAUCUGA